AUGAGAUGUAAGUGUGGUAAAGAUGUUCGUUUGGAUAAGAAAUGGGAUCCUGAUUUGUUUGAAAGACAUAAUAAAGGCGGUGGCUGUAAAUAUAAUAAUGGUUUAUUAGGAAUUACCAAUUUUUUUAAAGAAAAUGAUAUAAUAGAAGCAUUUGCAAAAACUUCUUCAAUUGACAGUCUUAAUCAAAAUAUUACAGCAUCAAAGGGAACAAUAUGA